GAUACUGGCUACAUCGCGGAUACUGCAUAUUCCUAUGAUAGGGCCGACACUGUGAAAUUGUCGGCACGCGGAAUUAUCCAUUGAAACUUUUGAAAUCGGAUUCUCCUCUGACAUGUCUUUCCCGAGAUAUCAUCGGCAUUGUGUUUAGCAGUGGUCACCUACCGAUAAGAUUACAAGGUUCGAGAUCUCCACCAAAAGAAACGUUGUGUCAAGUCCACUCAACAAUUGCAUAGAGAAAGAUGCGGCCAUGAGAAAACUCUCAUCUAUACACAUCCCCCCUUCUUUCCCUUGUUUUCUUAUUUCUUUUGCCUUUUUGCUUUCAUUUGAUGCCUCUCCUUUCGCGGACAGGUAUGGUGGCUCCAGCAUAUACCAUUGUUGUGCUCUACAUUUGUUUCUAACCUCAUUCUCGUCGUUCUUAAUACAAUCUGCACAAUUUGACUCUCAUAUCAAGCGACAAUGCAUUCUUUUGCUGAUCAGCCAGAAGAAGUGAAAAUCCGAGAAAGGAAAAGGGUAAGAAAUCUCUUGAGGUAUUACACCCCGGAGAAAUGGAAGCUCACCAGAGAAAGCGAAGAUGAUGAUUUCAAUACAAAAGGGAACGGACUACCGGAAACAAUAUGUGAAGCAGAAGAACAGCCAGAUAUAGCAGAGAACCCGAAAGAAAACGAAACAGGGGGACCGGAUUCUUCAAAACGACUUCGUCAUGAUCCUACAUUGACAGCAUUCGCGCAGCUCGGCGCGUAUCGAUUAAAUACCGAAAGAUCUUUCAUUUCUCUUGUGGAUUCACACAAUCAAUACAUCAUUGCGGAAGCAACGAGGAGUGUGUCUUUACAUGAAAGAGACCUUACAAAACCUGGCGACGAGAUCUUCCUUGGGGCCCGCAUUCUGGAUAUGCAUUGGGGAAUAUGUCCAAAUACUAUUCAAAUGUUCACAGCUAAAGACGACACUGGAAACGUAAAAAACAACCUUGUUACUGCAAAUCAGACUCAGUAUGUAAUGAAUGACCUCUCUGCUAUUGAAAAAUACAAGAAUCGCCCCUACAUCGCAGAAUGGCCACACAUGAGAUAUUAUGCCGAGGUUCCUAUAUAUAGUGAGUUGUCCUAUCAAUUUAUUCGCCGAACAUAGCUUCUUUAAGAAUUUAGUCAUCCUCAUUUUUUUAUACCCCUCAUGUCCAUCAGCUAGCAGUGAGAAGCCUGAACAGUUGGCCUAUACGUGCCACACAUUUGGGCUCCAUUUUGCUAAACAAAAACACUCCUGUGAGAAUGGCAUUUUCGGUAUCUCAAGGCUGCGGAACAAUCCUCACAUUGAGCUUUAGCUCUAACUCUACAACUCUAUUAGGUCCGGAAAAUAUUGUAAUAGGGACAUAUUGUGUAGUAGACAAUAAACCACGAAUGGAGGGGUUAGAUGAGGAGGGUCUCAGUAUAUUGAAUGAGAUUGCAAAAGCAAUUAUGAGUCACCUUGUUCUCAUCGAAAAACAAAACCAUCUAGAAAGGGGAGAAAAGAUGAUCAAAGGCUUGGGACUUUUCGUCGCUGGUAAAUCCAACUUAGGCGAAGGAUUAAAAAAUGCUUCUCAAAAUGGAAUGGAUCCUCAGAAUACGUCUCAUUCUCAUCCAAUUGACACAUCUGACCCAUCAUCAAUAACGACAGAAAAGAGGGAUAUCCGCCAAACACAAGUGAAUUCCGUUGGCCCAUCAAAUCAUAUCAACAAGUCAUCUUUGCUUUCGACUGGAGCUGAAAAGGCUACAAUCAUCGAGAAGGAAAGGUCCAGUAUGAGUAGAACCUCUUCAACAGAAUCUGCUCGACAAGAAACCUUUGCGAUCACGAGACUCAAACAGGUAUUUUCCCGAGCGAGUCAACUUAUACUUGAGGCUAUGAGUCUUGACGGUGUUGUCUUUGUUGAUGCAUGUUUCAGAGAUUCGGCAAGCAAACUUGCUUCCAAGAAUAAGAUUGUUUCUAGUGCAACUCAUGAUAGAUGUCAAGGCUCGACUCAAAAAACGAACGUGAUUAAAGUAUCAACCCUCUUGGAUGAGAUAAAAGUUGGAGGCAGACGAGCAGGGAAGGCUUUAACAAGUGAUUUGCUUGGAUGCAAAAUCAGACAUGAUCAAAAUUCCUCCCUUUUGGAUGAGCCUACGAACAUCACCCUCACACAGGCAACUGUUAAAGGCUUAAUGACAUGUUAUAGCCAAGGUCGAAUGUUUGUUUUUCAUGAAGAUGGAUCUUUAAAUCUUGAUUUAGAACCAGAGCCAUUCGAAAUUUGCGAGAAUGGGAAUAUCGAACCUGGUAGAGAAUUGGUUGCAGCUUGGGUCUCAGAGCUGAUUAAAAUCUGUCCCGGUGCACGUACAAUUGCGUUCUUUCCUCUGAGAGAUCAACAACGAGAGUGAGUAUUUGCUUGGGUGGCUAUAAAGUCUACCAUUCAUGAUGGAAGGCAAGGACUUUGGCCUGUAACCUCUCCUAAUGCUGUUUUGUGAACAUUACCCUGUCGUUAAAUAUCCAUGUCUAAUCAUGUGUAUAGUCAGUGGUUUGCGGGAAGCUUUGCAUGGACAAAAAGAGAGCUCAGAAUUAUGACCGCUGAAGAUCUCACCUAUCUUACAGCUUUUGGAAACUGUAUCAUGGCAGAGAAGUCCCGUCUAGACUCCGAACUUGCAGAUCGUGCCAAAUCCGACUUCAUCUCUGUGGUAUCUCAUGAAUUACGAUCACCACUCCAUGGUGUAUUAGCCAGUGCAGAAGCUCUUCGAGAUACUUCGACUGGUGAUGAACAAGAUGAUAUGAUUCGUUCUAUUACCAUUUGUGGUGAGGUUUUGUUGGAUACCAUGGAUCACAUUCUUGAUUACGCAAAAAUUACAAACAAAGGAGAGAACAAGGAUAUGAAAGACCUCCCGGUACAAUCAAAUGGGCUAGAUGCCGACUUCGAUCUUAGUAAUCUCAUCGAGACUGUCAUCGAAGGAGUCUCGGCGGCACAAAGUUUCCGACAGUUAACUUUCGAGGGCCCACUUUCCGUCGAAACUACUCGCCUAGAUACGAUCUCAGAUGAAAAUCACAUGUCAGAUGAUGUUGUGGUUAUUCUUGAAAUUGAUUGGCAAAGCUCAUGGAUCUUCAACUCUCAGAUAAGUAAUUGGAGACGUAUUUUGAUCAAUCUUUUCCAAAAUGCACUCAAAUACACGGAGUUUGGGUAUGUUCAAGUUCGUUUGACAGCAUAUGAAACUACCGAUGGUCAAGUUGCGAAAUUGUCUGUGGUAGAUUCCGGGAAAGGUAUAUCAAGUGAUUAUUUGAAGUACGAAUUAUGGACGCCUUUUGUACAAGAAGAUCCUAUGAGCAUUGGUACAGGAUUGGGCCUCAGCAUCGUUGGCAAAUUGGUAGACGAGCUCGACGGAACAAUUGAUAUAUCAAGCACAGUUGGUGCAGGUACAGUCGCCCAGGUGGAAAUUCCAGUCAAACAUUCAACGGCAUUUGAUGAGGAUGAAGAGACAGAUUGCAACAAGCUGAUACGAGAGACAAGAGAUCGUUGCCAAGGAUUAUCGAUGUGUCUUCUCGGUCUUGAUAACUAUCCCGACCCAUGCGAGAUACCUACAGAUGUGCGGUCUGCAAAGGAUAGAAAGAUGACUGCAAUCAAGUCUGCGUUGGCAAAUUAUGCAGGUGAUUGGUUUGGAAUGAUUAUCAGGAAAUCUCGUUCUGGCUCUUAUGCUAAAGGUGUCAUUUUUGUUUGCUUAAAAUCACAACUUCAUCGGACAGACCGAACUCGACAGAAACCCUUGAUUGUAUUUGAGGAUACCACGAGAAGGUUGGAUAAAGAAGAAGGUGAAUUUUAUUUAACACAGCCCUUUGGUCCCUAUAAAUUAGCGAGAAUUCUGGGUCAGUGUAUCGAUUAUCUCCAUUCCAAGGAUGUCAUGUCAAAUGAUAAUCAUCUACCAAGCACGUCGUCUAAAGUACCAUCUAGCACAGGCUCCACCCCAAUACUCACGCCAUCUAAUAAGUUUUCCGACGAUAGGAAUACCGACAUCGAUUCAGAACCUAUCAAAAAGGAAGAUAGACCUAAAUUACUUUUGUGUCAGCACCCCUGCAGAUCCCCAGAAUCUUUGAGACCCAAAUUCGAAGCACGCAAGCAUUCAAAUGGAUCAGCGGACUCAGCAGUCGAUAUGAGAUCAAGCGAAGAGCCUGUCGUGACUUAUCACUCCUUUCCUUUUCCAGAGGGACUACCACAUUGGCCAAAGGUAGAGAAUGGAGUGCCUCAAUUGAUUGAUAUACAGGGAAAGUUGGACGGAGAAGACUUGUUCAAAACAGGCGCACUAAUUGCGACAUGUUCCUCCAAGGCAGGCGAAGUUUUAGAGGGACAUACAGCUCCAGGAAAACAGUUCUCUGUUCUUCGGAAACCGUUUGUGUGUGAAAAGCCUGUGGCACUGAAAUGUUCCUCAACUUUGGAGAAGCUGGUCGUUGUAGAGAAUGCUUCUGUCGCCCUAGAUAAAUCCCAAAUUGUUGGAAAGCUACCAGCUAUUGAAAGACUUUCGAUAGCAGCCACCGAGAUACGCGGGAUCGUUGAAAAAGCCCCCACUGCUACACAAGCAUUUUUUGAAAAGCCAACAACAACCUCGAAGCCUAAAAUCUCCUCGAAAUCAGCAAUUCUCGACAUCGCCAAAUCAGAACCAGAGCUGGUAUCAACACCAGAACCUUCUACCACACCAAUCUUCAAGAACUCUGCACGUACAGUUGUUCUUCUUGUUGAGGACAAUGCCAUCAAUUUGAAAUUACUUGUUCACAGCAUGAAAAAGUUAAAAGAGGCUUACGAUACCGCAUGCAACGGCCUCGAAGCAUUCGAGAAAUACAAAAAAGCACCCGGAUCAUACAAAAUAAUUUUCAUGGAUAUAUCCAUGCCCAUAAUGGACGGACUCACUUCUGCGCGUUGUAUCCGCGACCACGAAAGCCUCUACAAUCUCCCCCGUGUGCGUAUCGUUGCUUUGACCAGUUUUGGCACUGAAGAACAUCGUCGAGACGCUGCUAUGAGCGGCAUUGAUCUCUUUUUGACUAAGCCAAUUAGCAUGAAAAGUUUAAAGCCGGUUGUUGAUUUGAAUCCAGAGGACGUGGAGGUGGAGUGAUGGUGGAGAACUUUUACGUGCGACGAACACCUUUGUUGUGAUCUUCGCCGAAUGCGAGAGAUUGUAGUGGAUACGGUAGGAAUGGUCUGGGUUGGAAAUAUCGGGAUAUGUGGGGUUUUGUAUUUUAAUACUGGAUUUGCUUGUGAUGAUCAGGCUCGGCCAUUUAUCUGCUGUCAGAUGUAUUUUUGACAUAUAAUUGACGAAGUGUGCGUACCUUAAGAAUUGAAGCCUCUUUUACCACCAAGCCUUCA